UGCCGACGAGGGCAGGAGCAGAGCACCACGUCUCUCGCAAAAACCCGCGCGGCGUCGCCAACAACACAUUACUACUUAACACUUACUUUUAACUAAAAAAAAAAAAAAAAAUUAUAACAGUGCAGGAGAGAAACGUGUUAGUAUAAAAAAACGAAAGAAGGGAAAAAAUCGGCGCCCCCGGGCAGACUACGACGAAAGAUUAAAAAAAAUUGUACCGACGCCGGCGUCGCCUUCGCCUUCGCCCGUGUUGGAAAAAGUGAUUAUUUAAUUUUUUUUUAAUAAUUUUUUAAUUAUCUCCAAGUUAAAUGUAAUAAUUGUGAUCACGGGAUUAACUAAAAAAAAAAAUUGAUAAAAACAACCCAAGUUUUUACGACGUUAACUAAAAUACUUAGAACACGCUUUCAAAAAAAUUGAACAAAAAUAAGAAACGCAAAGUAAAUUCGAAGUAAUAAGGAAAACUAAAGAUAAUAAGGGGAAGAAUAAAAACGUUUUUUUAGUGUUUAAUGUACAUUCCCGACGACGCCGACGACCGUCACCACUUAUGCCCGCCGACGACGACCGCCAGCGUCUCAAAGCGCGUCUGCACCACCGUCGCUGCCGCCACCAACGCUGCCACCGUCGUCGUCCGAACCCAAAAAACUUCAGCUGAGGUGCGUUCGAGUCGUAGGUUAGCCACGGAUUGCGUAAUCAAUGUCAGAAAGUGUGGUCUAUCUCAGACAUGGGAAGUGAGCACUACUGCCUGAGGUGGAACAAUCAUCAGAGCAACCUGCUGGGCGUCUUCAGCCAACUGCUCCGGGACGAAAGCCUCGUUGACGUCACACUGGCCUGCUCGGAAGGCCACUCGAUCCGUGCUCACAAGGUAGUACUGUCGGCCUGCAGCUCAUAUUUUCAAAAUCUCUUCGUUGACCACCCGAGCCGACACCCAAUCGUAAUAUUGAAAGACGUGCGUUUCGCCGAAUUACGCACCCUCGUCGAUUUCAUGUACAAGGGCGAGGUGAACGUUGAGUACUGUCAGCUAUCGGCGCUGCUCAAAACGGCCGAAAGCCUCAAAGUUAAGGGGCUCGCCGAAAUGACCAAUUUAGGCCCAAAUAGGGAUUAUGACAAGGGCGGCGUCCCGGAGCCUGAACAGCUCGAACCGACCGAGCUCGUCAACAAACGGGUGAUGAUGACGGAAGAAUCGUCGUCUUCCAGCCGACCAGAUAGACCAGACAGGUCUGAGAGGAUUGAUAGGAUCGAAAGGUUGGAUAGGAUGGAAAGGAUUGAAAGGAUCUCGGAACGAAUGGAAAGGAUCUCCGAUCGGUUGGAAAGCAGCAACAGGGAGCAACAGAUUCAAACGCCUCCUGCAAAAAUCCCCAAGAACAGCAGCCCUGAAAGGCCCGAAAGUGUUGAAGGUGACAGAUCUGAAUCUCCCGCUGAAGAGUGCAGGCCGAGUGAUAUGAGUAUGCAUAAUAAUGGAAAUAAUGUGAGCUGUACGACCACCUCUGCAACUGUUGGAACACCUUGUAACAGGAUACCGUCUCCAAUUAACAGCGAACCGUUACCCGGUCCUUCUAAUUUACCGCCAGUCCAACAAGUGCCUCUCUCUUUGACUAAGGAAGCGGACUGGGUACCGGGAUUAUCUGAAGAGAAAAGCGCCGGCGAGAGUUCAUCCGAUUACCCCAGGCACCCUCACGACACGGAGAUGGACAGCAGGGACAGUGGAUCGCCCAGAUUGUACCAGUGCAUGUAUUGUGGCAGUGCGUUUCCGCACCAGAGCAAGCUCACAAGACACAUCCUAUCACACAGCUUAGAAACGCUUAAGUACCGCGAGAUGCAACAUCACCAGAGCCUCCAGUUACCGGAACCUUUGAAUUUAAUGGAAAGUCAUUUUGGUCCUCGAGCUCCAGUUGUUCCGCACGAUCCGCCGGAUCCAACAGAUCAACCACCGACUGCGAUGGAUCUUGAAUUAACUGGUGAUGGUCCGGGUGUAGUGUUAUGUAAAUUUUGUGGAAAAUCAUUUCCCGAUGUGAGUUCAUUGAUUGGCCAUCUACCGGUACAUACCGGUGACAGACCUUUUAAGUGUGAGUUUUGCGGAAAAGCUUUCAAAUUAAGGCACCAUAUGAAGGACCAUUGCCGCGUACACACUGGUGAGCGACCUUUUCGAUGCUCUCUGUGCGGAAAGACGUUCUCGCGAUCAACGAUAUUGAAAGCCCACGAGAAGACGCACUAUCCAAAGUACGUGAGGAAAUUUCUUUCGCCGAGUCCAUUGGAUACCGAAGAGGAAAGCCCUCACUAGCGAUCCCCAAUCGCCGUUUCUUCUAGGACUUUUAGCAAACGCUAAAACACACCCGGAGGACGUAGGAGCGACGCUUCGUUAGAGAGCUUCUUGUAUUAUACUAGCUAAAAUUUUUGAGAGGCGAUUUUUCUCUCACACACACACCAACUUUUUUAUAACAACGCUGCGUUAGCAAUCACGAUUUUUCUACGGACUUCUCGGUUGAGUUUCGGGUCCUUUUGGUUGUGACUAAAGAUCUUUAUUAUUAUCCUGGAGGCAGCCCAAACUUUUUUGCGAAAGGGGAAUUUAACUCGAAAAGUACUCAUUAAAGAAACAAGUUUAAGUUUUAAUAAGGAAAAUCUCACAGAUCAUAAAAAAACGAUUAUUUUAAUAACAAGGUUUAAAAAUAUCGGUUAAGUUUUGAACACGAGGAGACAAGAAUGUUUUUCAGCCCGGAUUAUUGAGAUAAACACUUCAAUUUUUUAAUCUUUUAUAAUCAUACUAAUAAUUAAAACACU